CCCGAGAUGUAACACUUUUGUUUUUUGGUUUGCGCAUGCGGGUUUUUUUUAAAACCCUCCCCCCGUGCAUGCGUUCUUCAAUUUUCCGGGGACCCGUCGGUUUACAUUUCAUUGCAGGAGACGUGAUCAUGUCUGCCUUCCUUCGAGCCGUGCCAAGAUUUCAGGGGCCAGCGGCAUGGGGGAGGCCUCUUCACCGGCUGUGGUGCUGCACUGGGCAGGGGGAUUCCAAAAGGUGGGCGUCUGGCAAGUCUCCCACCUCGCAGGAGAAGCCACCAGGCACAGAGACUGAGAAAUUCUACACAAUCUACCGCUUCAGAGCCGUCAGAAGAUUUGGGUUUCUGUCUCGACUGAAGUUGGCACAGACAGCUGUGACGGUGGCAGCCCUACCCCCAGGCUUGUACUGGUACUCACAGGGCCUCAUGAGUCUCAAGGCACUCUACCUCAUGAGUGGGAUCUCUUGCUUCACCCUGGCCAUGCUGUGUUGGAUGAGCUACUUCUUCCGGAGGCUGGUGGGCUUCAUGUAUGUGAAUGAGUCAGGUACCGUGCUUCAAGUGGCCCACCUGUCCUUCUGGGGGUGGCGACAAGAUACGUUCUGUGACGUGUCAGAUAUAAUACCCCUGUCAGAAUCCAAGGAACAUGCCCGGGAUCUGUUGGUGCGAAUCAAGCAAUACAGUGGCAAGCAGACCUUCUAUGUCACCCUGCGCUAUGGCCAAAUCCUGGACAGAGAACGCUUCUCACAAGUGUUUGGAACCCCAACCACACUCAAGUAAAGAGUAACGACAAGGCCCCUGGGUAGCCCUGGCUACGCUUGGAUUUCAGGCAGGAAGGCCAAGAACAUUGAUGAGGCAGAAGCUGCUAACCGGGGGCUGGGGCUGAAGCUCAGUUGGUAGACUGCUUGUCUAGCAUGCAGGAAGUGAAACCCUGGGUUCAGUCCCUAGAACUGCAUAUAACCAGGCGUGGUUGUGUGUGCCUGUACUCAGCCAUGUAGAUGGAGGCAGGUGGAGAAGUUAUUAGCCAACUUUAGGAAAAAGCCCUUACUGGAACAUUGUACUGAACAGGGCAUUCCAACGGACAGUGACCAGAAAUGUCUAUGAAGAGGUACAUCUUGGAGGAAGGCUAUGCCAAGGUCACAGAGGCAACCCACUGCUAUGAAACCAGAGGCAGGGGGGUUGGCAGAGCAACACAGACUGUGGAAUCUGGAUACUCGGGUUCUGCUGAACCUCAGCUCCUUGGUCUAGGGCAGGGUAUUGAGUCUCUGAGCCUUGAAUUGCACUCUGAGAUAGAAGAGCCUUUCUCUCUCCCAUGGGGAUGAAUAUGGAAAUAACCAAUAAUGACUGAGGAUGGGAGUGUAGCUUUGUGUAGAGCUCUUGCCCAGCAUGUAUGAGGUCCUAAGUUCCACCCUGAGCACCACAGAACAGACAAGUCCAGUAAAUUCCACGUGCUGUGUAAGGUCAGCAGCCCAGGGCUUACAGCAUCAAGGAAGGCUUCCAAGCUGCUCUGCACUCACCAGCUAGAGGGCUAGCGCUGAAGCCUACACCAACUGAGAUAGGGACAGCAUCUAGCUGGGGAUGCUGACCACCGGGAGGUUCAGGGCCACUUACACUGGGGAGCUUUGCAGUGUCAUCAAGACAGAGGGACUGUCCAAGCGACCUGUCAGCUAAAGGAGACUGUGUAUGCUGCUUUUCAUAGUGGGUAACACACGAGCUUAUUAUUGUUCCUGCAUAAAGAGGAAAGCAGCCAUCAUCUUUGUAAUUUGGCCACUGAAGAUGCGUUGUUAAGUACUGAAGAUGUGUUGUUAAGUAGCUUUUUAGUAAUUUCAUUUUCUUAUCCCCCCUCAAGACAAGGUUUCUCUGUGUAGCCUUGGCUAUCCUUGAACUUCCUCUGUAGACCAGGCUGGCCUUAUGAAGCAUACUACCUGGGCAGUAAUUUCCUUUCUUGAAGAAUUUUUCUUUUAAAAUCACAUGUAUUUAUUUGUGUGUGUACACUGCAUAUGUGGAGGUUGGAGGACAACUUUUUGGAGUCCCUUUCCUUGGGGAUUAAGUUCAGGCUGUCGAGCUUGGCAGCAAGCACCUUUACUCACCGAACUGUCUUGCUGUUCCUCUAGCCAUUCUUCAUUGCUUUAAAACAAACAGCACGAACAAAGAUAACGAUAGACAUGCCGAUGUGUGUGUGCGCGGAGCAGGGAUGGACACAACACAAGGCCUCAAGCCACAGAAAGGACUGCAGGCAACCCAAGAAUUCUGAAAGCAGGAGAAGCAGUCCUCCUUAGGGAAGAACACACCAGUUAGUUACCAAUAAGGAGUGGUCCACCCUGAAAACACACAUUCGAGUACAGACUGAGCAAGUUAUGUUUAGAAGCAUAUGCAUAUGGGAGAGAGGAAAGGGAAGGGAAAAAUGAUGUAAUUAUAUUAUAAUCUCAAAAAAUAAAAUUUAAAAAUGUGCAUAUCAAAUUGUAACGACUCCCCCCCCAAGAAAGGGUUUCUGUGUGUAGCUUCAGAGCCUAUCUUGGAAUUUGCUCUGUAGACCAGGCUGACCUGGAACUCAGAGAUGCCUCUACUUCCCAAGUGAUGGGAUUAAAGGCAUGUGCCACCAUUGCUGGGCCUUUUUUUUUUUCUUUUUUUGGUCAGGGGCAUGAAACUCAUCCUCAGUAUUGUACAGCCAUCACUGUUGUCUAAUUCUAAUGCUUCCAUUGGAGAAGCAGCUUGAGGCCAGCCUGGUCUACAGAGCAAGCUCCAGGACAGCCAGAACUGUUACACAGAGAAACCCUGUCUCAAAAUACAGACAAAAUUAAUGCUUGACUGUCUGUCCCAAAAAGGUACUUGGUUUAUAGUUGUCACCUGCCUUCAUCCUCUCUGUCUCCACCUGUUUUUAGGCAGUGACUAAUCUGUCUCUGAAUUUGUUAUUCGGACAUCUCGUGUAGACAGAAUCAUGGUGUGUUUCCUCCUGUGUUUGGUAGCUUUUACUUGGUGUAAUGUUUUCACAGUGUUGAGUCUUUGAGAACUUAACGCUUACACAAGUUAGUGAAAGUGAGUUUAUUCAGAACGUGACUCAGAUGAGAGAGAGGGGGGAUUUUAUCAGCUCAGUAGGUCAGUGGAUGGUUGGGUUGUCUCCACCCCUGCGCUAUUGUGAAAAACACUGAUGUGAACACUAUACAAGUGCCUGUUGGUUUUCCUGCUGUGGCUUCUUUUGUGAAAAUGCUGGGAAGGAAGUAAAGACAACACAGGAAGACAUGCUCCCAUUGACCUAAUUUCCAGUAUGUCCCAUCUACCGUUUUGUGUUUUUUUUUUUCUUCUCUAAAGUACUUUAAAAAAUAUUAAUGUA